AUGCGCAACCUUAUCACCCUUCUCGCCUUCACCGGCCUCGCACUCAGCGCGCCCGUCGCCAUCAACUCAGAGAGCCAAACCAUCGGCCACCCUCCGUCCUCAGUCAACAUGGACCAGUCUGAACUCCCCAUGGCCUUUUCCGUCCCCUCCCUUCCCACUCUCGCCCACCAAAAGCGCGAUGGUCGCUGGCCCUGGCAGAAAGAACAGGAUGUCAUCGGAAAGUAUCCUGAUGGGAGGCUCAAGUGCCGCAUCGUGAGCAUGACUGGGUAA